UGCUAAAAUUCUUGGAAAAAAACACCCCAAGUUUAAUUUGUGGUGGUUUUUUUCGCAGAAUCGCAGCAGACAACAGAGCCCCAAGUUUAAUUUGGACUGGUCAUCAAAGCUUGAAAUGUUCCUUAUUUGGGUCAAUAAAUCAGCCCAUAGUAGGCCCAAAAGAUUAUAACUUGGGCUCGCAAAAUAAUAUUUCAAAAAAGCAAACAAAAAGGAAGAAAUACAAAGAUAGUACUUCUGUUUCUGUAAGAGGCAGGCAGGCUGUCGGCGACACCGUGUGGAUCGCCGCCAAACGCUGCAGCUCGCCGUUAAAGGCCACCGUGCCUGAACUCUCGAGAUGUCUGAUGUCGAUGUGGAAAAAACUGAAGUCGUUGAUAUUGAGAAAAGUUCAGGAGCCUCAACUAGUACCAAUGAUGAUAUGCACAAUACGUGGUAUACGGGGUUGCUGCAUCUCUCCUCUAUCUAUGGCAUAGCUGCUGGGUAUUGCAUCUCAGCGUCUUUGCUUUCCAUCAUAAACAAAUGGGCGGUAAUGAAAUUCCCGUAUCCUGGAGCUCUGACUGCUCUUCAGUAUUUCACUAGUGCCGCCGGUGUCCUUCUAUGCGGAUGCUUUAAAAUUCUUGAGCAUGACCGUCUUGACCUUUUGACAAUGUGGCAUUUUCUACCCGCAGCAAUUAUGUUUUACCUCUCGCUGUUUACCAACAGUGAGCUCUUACUCCAUGCCAAUGUCGAUACCUUCAUAGUCUUUCGCUCUGUAGUUCCUAUAUUUGUUGCAAUAGGUGAAACCUUUUUUUUGCACCAACCGUGGCCGGCAUUGAAGACGUGGCUCUCACUUACCACUAUUUUUGGUGGAAGUGUGCUGUAUGUUCUAACGGAUUAUCAGUUUACCGUCACAGCUUACAGUUGGGCUUUAGCUUAUUUGGUGAGCAUGACUGUAGAUUUUGUGUACAUAAAGCAUGUUGUUAUGACCAUAGGUUUAAAUACAUGGGGUCUUGUGUUGUACAACAAUUUAGAGGCUCUUUUACUCUUUCCCAUGGAAUUACUUAUAAUGGGUGAACUGAAGAAGAUAAAGCAUGAAUUCUCGGAUGAGUCAGAUUGGUACUCCUUUGGAGUGUUGCUGCCUGUUGGGUUAUCUUGCUUGUUUGGUUUAUCAAUCUCUUUCUUUGGAUUUUCCUGCCGGAGGGCGAUUUCUGCAACAGGAUUUACUGUUCUCGGAGUAGUGAACAAGCUAUUGACGGUGGUAAUCAAUUUUGUUAUAUGGGAUAAGCAUUCAUCAUUUAUUGGGACAGUGGGGCUUCUUAUUUGCAUGCUCGGUGGGAUUAUGUAUCAGCAGUCCACAAGUAAGCCUAAGCCUGCACAGGAAGUAAUAGCAGAAGAGACGGAGGAUGAACAACAGAAGCUUCUAGAAAUGCAAAGCAAAGUAGAAAGCAGCAAUGAGAAAGAAGUGACCGAAUCCCAUCAUGGAAGUUGAGUUCUUUCUCAAAGUAAUUGAUGACUCCUUAUCUUCCUCUUAAGCGUAAGGAUGGGAAUCCUCUCAUUGGUAACUAUGUUUCACAAAAACUUUUCGAAUAUUAUGUUUCGGUGUUUCAUUUUCGUUUCGGAAACUCUUUUAAAACUCCGAAACUCUAUAUUUAAAAUCUAUUCUUGUAAAAUAUAUUGUUUCGCCAUUUCGGCAUUUCCCACUUCAACGUCUCUGUUUCCAUUCUACAUAGGUUGUAACUUGUAACUGUUGAAUCUGGAAUUCUUUAUUGUAGCUAUCUUAGGAAGCAUAUGACCGAACAGAUUUUUUGUUGUUGGAAAGGUUGUAUUGAUAUCCUUAUUCAUUAUGCUAGACCUAGAAAAGUAGGUCAGAUGUUCUAUUGUAUUCUGCUCUGCAAUAUCCUUCAACUUGUCCGUGUAGUCAUACCAGUAAUGUCUGUGAACUUGAUAGUAAUGAGGGUCAAAAUGUAUUGGAGUUGAUUUCAGUUACAUCAAAUAUUAAUAUUUUCGUUGUU